UCCUGAGCCGGCUUAUUAUGUAUGGCAAGGUGAUACAUAUGGGUGUAGCGUCUUCUCCCCGACCUCCAUCAUCACCACGCUCUUUUAUCCAUGUCAAUUCGGCGACAGAGGCUCAGGACCUUCCUUCUUCCUAGCAUCGUCGCUACCGGUGCACUGCUCUACUUCGUUACCCAGUAUCACUACCAAAUUCGCAACACUAUCUCUUAUGCGACCCGGCCGAUAUGGGACACGGCCGAAGGCCCUCAGCACGUUAUACCUCACUAUCAUGGUGAAGGCUUGGAGAUGAACGAGCAUGUAUGCCAGCUCCAUGGUUGGAAGAAACGCCCUGACGCCGAGAAUUACCGCGUCCUGGAUGCCAUUCUAGUGAGCAGUGAGCUGGAUUUGUUGGAGAUACGAAUGAAUGAGCUGGACUCUGUCGUUGACCGCUUCUUUAUUGUCGAGUCGAAUGCCACCUUUACUGGUCUGCCAAAGGAGACCUAUUUCGCCAACAACCGUGCACGGUUCUCCAAAUUUGAGAAGAAGAUAUCAUACCGGCUUUUACCUGGAUACCCUCUCGAAGACGGUCAGACAGCAUGGAAUGUUGAAGCCAAGACUCGCGACACAAUGACAGCAUUCUUGCGCUCACACAUGACUGAGUUCGCACCGUCUACGAGACCGCUCGUCAUCAUGUCCGACGUCGACGAGAUACCAUCAGGUCAUACUCUUCAGCUCCUCAGGUCCUGCGACUUCGGUACCUCCAUACAUCUGCAACUUCGCAGUUACGUGUACAGUUUUGAGUGGUUCCUCGGGUUCAACAGCUGGCGUGCAAGUGUUAAUCUCUGGAUGCCUGGCAGCUACUACUCUCACCGGAAGAGUGGUGAUGUCAUGCUCGCUGAUUCGGGCUGGCAUUGCAGCUAUUGCUUCAGAACGAUACCUGAAUAUGUCGCCAAAAUGACCGGCUUUUCUCAUCACGAUCGUAUUGGUGGGCAGUUGAGUCUCCUGGACCCACAAAGAAUACAGGACACCAUAUGCAGGGGGAAAGACAUAUUCGGAAUGCUUCCUGAAGCAUUCAGUUACGUUGAUCUUCUUGCCCAGAUCAAUCCGGAGCCGCAAGUGUCCGCCAUAAACCUUCCGCGCUUCCUGAUUGAAGCUGCUGACCGAUUUAAAUUUCUUCUCCCGGGCGGGUGCCAGCGCACAGCAGAAACAACUGCUGAAGUUGAAACCCUUGAUGCUCCUGAUGACUUGGAAAGGUAACAACGCGAUUUCUUGAUAUACCAAUCUACCCACUGUACACUCCUGCACUAAUUUAUUUCAUCUGGUCAUGGUUUGUAACAGUAUAUUUUAAAGUUGACGUCUUGCAUCUAACGCAGAUUGGAAAUACAUUUCGAUUCCGACCUGAUGAUUAGGAUACAAAACAAAUUUAGCAACAGCACACCGUACUACUUAGGUGCGACAAACCCGAAGGGUAAAUAUACGAUAAAAGAACGUUGU